AUGGCAGGCGAGUGUAGUCUGGUGAGUGUUCUUGGAGCAAUAUUGGUAUUAACCAUCUUCCAUAAUCCGUUCAUGGUCUACGCCGACCAAGGUAUGCCGUAUGUAGCGUUGUUCACUUUCGGAGACUCCUCCUACGACGCCGGAAACAAACUGUAUAAGCAAGCAAAUCCAAAGCUACCUGCACAACACUUGUGGCCUUACGGAAAAUCCCGCGACGACCCCAACGGCAAAUUCUCCGACGGCCACAUCAUCCCCGACUUUAUCGCUGACUUCAUGACCAUUCCGACUGGAAUCAAUCCGGUACUUAAACCCGGCGUUAAUCUCACACGUGGAGCUAGCUUUGCCGUCGCCGGUGCUUCUAUUCGUGGGUCUCCCGAGGAAUCUAUGACACUGAAUGAACAAGUGAAACUAUUCAAAAGUUUGAAAUCGAAAUAUUGGACGGAUAAAUACAUCGCGAAAUCACUGUUCAUGAUAUACAUUGGUACGGAAGAUUACUUGAACUUCACCAAGGCCAACCCCAAAGCAGACGCUUCUGCUCAGCAAGCUUUUGUCACUUUGGUCACUAACCAAUUAAAGAACGACAUCAGCUUGUUAUACACCUUGGGAGCGAGUAAAGUAAUGGUUCAAUUGCUAGCACCACUGGGUUGCUUACCGAUCGUGAGACAAGAAUACGAAACCGGCACCUUAUGUUACCCGCAACUCAACGAUUUGGCCAGACAACACAACGAAAAGAUUGGUCCGAUGUUGAACGAUUUUGCUCAAAAAUCCCAAGCACCCUACGGUUUCCAGUUCACCGUCUUCGAUUUCUACAAUGCCGUUCUCCGAAGGACGGAGAGAGAUAACUACCGUUUUUUUGAGACCAACGUAUCUUGUUGCGGUGUUGGGACGCACAAUGCGUACGGAUGCGGAAAGAAUAAUGUGCACUCGAAGCUAUGUGAGUACCAAAGAUCUUACUUCUUCUUCGACGGACGUCACAACACAGAGAAGGCUCAAGAGGAAAUGGCUCAUCUCAUCUACGGAGCCAACCUUAACGUGAUCCAGCCGAUGACCUUCCGUGAGCUAAUCGUGUACCCAGCCGGUGACAAGAUGCUUGAGUUUUGGAAGCCUGAUACCUUCUCCUUGAACCGUCGUCGUCCAUCUGUCGAUCCGAACAUCGAGUUAUCAUCGGCUUAUUAG